AUGCUCAGCUUAGCGACGAGGUGGGAGACAAUUAGAUGUGCUGCUUUGAUGAAAUCAGUUGGAUUUACAGAAAUACCAGAUAGCGAGAGUGAUCGUGAAGAUGGUUACAGCAACGUCCAGCCCUUUUUGUCCACGCAGAUGCAGAUAAACUUGAACUACUUUAAGCACCAAGACAGCCAAACAAAAACACUCAAAGAGUUGAGAGAGAAGUUUUCCUUUGGCUCCUUGGAUUUUGGGUGUGGGCCUGACAAUGCAACUGAGAAUCCAGCUCAAAAUCUAGCUCAAAAUCUAGCUGAGGACGACUGUAAAACUGGGAGCAGACUGGCACCGAAAGACUCGGCUCUUGCUCUGGAUAAAGCUGAAUAUCGAAACGCCAGAUCAAAGAAAAAAGCUUCUAGGCGAGCAGCCACAACAGAUAACAAAAUACUUUCUAUAACAGAUCAUAUGCGAAAAAAAUAUGGGGCAGCUCCGGGCUCUUCUACUAAUACUAGCGAUUUGAAAGUUAGCAAAUCAAUGUUGGAUUUAUUAACAAGUAAAAAAAAGAAUAAAAAGAAAAUGAUUAUCAGUAGAAUCCAAGAAAUUGAAAAAACCAAUCACCAUGUUUUGGAAUCCUCAAUUGACAUUGAUAAAAAUAGUAUUCAUUUAUACAAUUCUGAUGAAUGGUGUGAUAUACUCAAAUCGAUAAAGAUCAAUUUUCCCAAUUUGUCAAAAAAAACAAAGCUAUCUUUAUCACUGAUUAAUCAAUUGUACUUGAGGUAUUCUGUUCCUGAAUGCAAUAAAUACAGUAGCCAAAACAAUGAUAUGUGGUGUUUGGCAUGCUCUCCACCUGAUUUUCCUUUAUCUGGAGAGGAUUUAGAAUGGUUAUAUGAUUUAAGCCAUACCAAGAUACAUGAUAAAGAUAAACAAGAAGAAAAAGAAAAAGAAAAAGAAAAAGAAAAAGAAAAGGAAAAGGAAAAGGAAAAGGAAAAUCUUAGUGAUUGGAUUUUUACCUCUAGUCCAUCCAAGAAUUUUCUAAAUAAAGAUGAGUCCGACAAUAGUGACAUACCAAAUGUCAUUGUUUUGCCCCAAUCUUCGAACAAGAGUAUUGCAGAACCAACUGCAUUACAAAGUAAAUAUAGCCUGAACGAUAUUUCAAUAAUCGAUUUAGAUAAUCCCUCUUUUCAGGAAUUAAAAUUAAAAGAAAAACUGCAAGAUCACUCUAUUAUUGAAAUACUUGAUCUGGAUUCAGAAAAUUUUUUCAAAAAUAUUGAAACAACUCCCUUGAAACAAUCGAAAAAUGGUGCCCAUGAUUUCCAUUUUUUGAUUCCUUCUUCAUCUCCAAGAGUUUCCCCAAUAAAGGUAACAGAAAAAGAUUUGAAAAAUAUAAGGGCAGGAAAAAAAUUAAAAUUUGAUCUUUUUAAAAAUAAAUCAAAAGUAAAUAUUUUCCAAACGAGUUUUUCUGGUUCACAGACUAUAGAACAUCAACCUAUAAUGGAGGAAAAUGAAAUAAUCUUACCGACACAAGUUAAAAAAAUAAUUGGGAUUUCUCAAUCACAAAAAGAUUCAAACAAUUCAAACAACAAUGAUUUUCAGAAUACAAAUGGUUUACUGAAUAAUAAAAUUUUUCCAAGUGAAUCGUUUAAUGAUCAAACAGGUUCUAAUAUACAAGAAGAAAAGGCAUUUUUCAAUUUAGAAACUUUAAGAAAGCAAGACAGUAUAUCUAGUGCUCAAUUAAAUAGCAAUAAUAGAUUUACAAAUGUUUUAUCCCCAUUAAACGGUGAAAGGAUAAAUCUGGGAAAUGAUAAUUUUGAUAAUUUUGAUAAUUUUGAUAAUUUUGAUAAUUUUAAUGAUAAAAUGAAAAUUUCAACUGUUUCGAAAUAUUUUUCAAAUUUUAAUGCAAUUAAUGAAAUUCUGGAUAAUUUAUUGGGGGAAGAGCAGGAAAUUGAUGAUGAAUUAUUUGAAGAAUUUUUCAAUAAUAAUUCUAAAAAUGAUUUAAAAUUCAACGAAAAUAAAAUGCAUUCCGAUAAUGAAAGUACACCAGAAUCCUUUUUUGAAACGGCAAGAUCUCAACUUGUACAAUCUCAAUCUAAAUCUCAAUCUAAUAUAGAAGAUGAGAUUUAUAAAUUGAACAAAAUAAUAACGACUUCAGAAGUACGCUAUAAAGGAGAAUUGAAGAUUGAUUCUUCAUCGCCAUUUAGAAAUAUAGAACUAUCGAUUAAAAAAAAGAAUACAAGACCCGAUUUUAUCAGUAAAGAGAUAAUUGAAAUUCCCGAUUCUGAUGAUAGUGAUUAUGGUAAUGAACAGUUUAAUUUUGUUGAAAUUAAACGUGUUGUUGACUCUUCACCUAUAGACAAUAAGAUGGAUGAUGCGAUUUUACAGGUUCGGUCAAGCUUUUUGGAGAAUGAGGAACCGGGUAUUUUUGAGAGCGAAUCAUUAGUUGAUAAAGAUAAGUACGAUUACCAAAAGAUUUCAACGCAGGUUUUAGGUGAUGUUUUUAGUAGCGUUGGGUUUAAAGCAUUGGGAAGAAAAGAGAUGGAAACAUUUUUUGAGCAAUCGAAAAUAAAUGUGGGAUCAAUUUUGAAGUUCAGCUCAGCGAUUGAAAAAAAUAAGAAUAAGAGGAAAAAAAGUUUUGGAAGUGGGGAUGAAGAUUGUGAAUUAGAUAUGGAAGUUGAAGGAAGUGAGAAGUUGGACUGUAAUUCCAAAAUGUACGAUGUAGUUUUUAGUACAGAUAAGGAAAAUGGAAACUGCAAUAACGAGAAUGAUUUGGAUGAAAGCGAAGAACUUAAAGAGGAAGGUAAAAAAAUUAAAAAAGUAAUAUAUAAUAAGAUUUCAAGAGCAGUGCAGAGUAAUGAGAGAAUUUAUGAGAAAAUCAUUAGUUUUGAACCGAUUGGGAUUGAAGAGCUACAAGAAAUAUUGGUUGAAAAUAAUAUUGGGUUAAAUUUUGAAGUUGUUAGAAACUGGUGUGAUGAGAAUGGAGUUUGUUUUAAUUCAAUGGAAGAACGAAAUAAAGAAAAAAGAAAUAAAAGGAAGAGAAAGAAAAAGAGGCCAAAAAGGAAAAAGAAAGGGGGAAAAGAUGUUGUAGACAUAGACAACAAAAGAAGGAGAAGAAAAAAGCCCAAAAAGUAA